AUGGCAACAAAGAAACAAACAAGCCCCGCAGUGCAACAAAGGAUCCGAGCGCCAGAAUCAGACCAGGGAAAAGCAAAACAUGGCAAACACAGGGCAGAGGGCAGCAAGACAGCAAAACGCGACAGCAGGAUACAGGACAGCAAACACGGGGCAGCAAAUAAAGGGGAAACAGGACAGCGGGCAAGGACAGAAGGCAUAGACAGCAAAGACAGCAGGGCACAGGACAGAAGCAGUAGGACACAAACAGCAGGCAGCAAGACGCAAGACAGGGACACAAGACAGCAAAGCAGCGACAGCAGGAUAGCAAGGGCAGAAAGACGCAGGACAGAGACACAAACGCAAGACAGCAAAAGGGCAGCAAACCCGAAACCCGGCAGGCAGCAGAAAAAAUCGGGCAGAAGACGCAACAAAGGAAAACUACGAAAACAGCAGGCAGCGGCGGGGAACACAGCAAAACACGAAACAGCAAGACAGCAGGACAGCAAGACACAAGACACAGGACAAAGGACAGCAGGGGCGCAAAACCAGGACGCAAGACAGCAACAGCAAAAACAGCCACAGAAACACCCAAGACAGCAGGGCAGCAACACAACAGCAAACCCAAGACCAGACCCCGGGCAGCAAAGCAGACGCAGGGAAACAGACAGAAGACGGGAAAGACAGAAAGAACAGCAAGACAGCAAGACAGCAGGACAGCAGGAUAGCAGGACAGCAAGACAGCAAACAGCCGACACAGGACAGCAACGAAACACAAGACACAAACAGCAGGGGCAGCAGGACAGAAGGACAGCAAACCCCCAAGACACAAGACGGGAAGGGCGCAGUAUCAGGGACAGCAAGCGCAAGACAGCGGACAGCAGGAUAGCAGACAGCAAACGCAAACAGCGGACAAAGGGCACAAAACGCAGGAUACAGGACGCAAAAACGCAAGGCAGAAACACAAGACAGCAAGACAGCAGGACAGCAAGACAGCAAGACAGAACAGGACAGCAAGACAGAAAGAAAAGCAGGACACAAGACAGCAGACAGCAACAGCAGACGCAAAACAAACAAACAAGCAGCAAGACAGCAAACAGUAGGACACAAAACAAGACAGCAAGACAGCAAACAAAAGGACAGCAAGACAACAAGACAGCAAAACAGAGACAGAGGACACAGGAACAGGGGCAGAAAGGACAGCAGGACAGCAGACAGCGGGGACGCAAGAAACAAGAAGCAGGACAGCAAACACAAGACGCAGGACAGAAGGGCACAAGACAGCAAACGCAAGACAGCAAGACGCAGACAGCAAGACCGCAAGACAGCAGGAAAAAAAGGGCAAAGGGAAACAAGACAUCAAGACACGACACAGGGGCAAGGGACAGCAAAACAGGGAGACCAGGACAGAAGGGAAAAAGCAGGCAGAAGGCGAAACGCAAGACAGCAAGACAGCAGGACAGCAGACAGCAAGACAGCAGGACAGAAGGACAGCAAAACACGGGGCAGAAGGCAAACAGGACAGAAGGACACAGCCCGCAGGGCAAAAACGCAGGACGCAACGAAAGGGCGCAAGACCAGCAGGGCAGCAAGACGCGACCAAGACAGCAAAACAGCAAGACAGCAAGACAGCAAAUACGGCAACCAAGACAGCAAGACAGCAGACAGAGGAAAAGGACCCGGGGGAAACGCAAGACAGCAGGGCAGAAAAACCGCAGGACAAAGGACAGCAAGACAAAGACGCGGGCAGCAGGACAAAGGCACAAACGCAAACAGCAAAAACAGCAGGAAGCAGGCAGCAGGACGAAGGGCAAAGGGCAGCAGGACGAAACAGCAGGGCAGAGGGCAGCAAGACAGCAAGAAGCAAAACAAAAAUCGGACGGGCAGAAGACAGCAGGACAGCAAGACAGCAGGACAGAAGGACAGCAAGACAGCAAGACAGUAAGACAGCAAGACAGCAAGACAGCAAGACAGCAAGACACAAAAACCAGAAAGCAAACAGCAGGGGCAGCAAAACAGCGGCAGAAGGACAACAAGAAAAAAGACAGACAGCAGGACAGCAGGACAGAAGGACAGCAGGACAGAAGGACAGAAGGACGCAGGACAAAGGACAAAAAGGGCGCAGGGGCAGAAGGCAGCAAAACAGAAGACAAAAGACAGCAAGAACCAGGGGCGAAGACCAAAAACGCGGACAAAAGGGCAGCAAAACAGCAGGACAAAGGACGCAAGACAGAAGGACAAAGGCAGCAGACGAAGGCAGCAAGAACAGGACAGCAGGGCGCAGGGCAGAAGACGCAGGACAGAAGGGCGAAGGAAAACAGGACAGCAGGACAAAAGGGGCAGCAAAAACACAGGACAAAACAGCAGGACAGAAGGACAGAGGACCCGCAGGAAGAAGGGCACAGGAAGCAAGACAGCGACAGCAAGACAACAAACACAAGACAGCAAACACAAACGCAGGACACAGGACAGAGGCGCCGAAAAAGCAGACGCAGACAGCAAGACAGCAAAGCAAACAGCAAAACACAGGGCACAAGACGCAGGACAGCAGACAGCAAAACAGCAGACGAAGACAGCGGACAGCAAACAGCAAAACGCAAGACGCAGGAAGCCGACAAAGGGGCAGCAGGGAAAAAAAGACAGCAACAGCAGGACACAAGACAGCAGGACAGCCCAAAAAAACAGCAACACAACAAGACACGACAGAGGAAGGGCAGGGAAAAAGCAAGACAGCAGGACAGCAGGACAGCAAGACAGCAGGACAGCAGGACAGCAGGACCAGAAGGACAGCAGGACAGAAGGACAGCAGGACAGCAGGACAGCGGGGAACAGGGCAGCAGCAUAGGAAAGGGCAGCGAAGGCAGCAAACAGCAAGACACAGGACAGCAAGACAGCAAGACACAGAAGCAGGGACGAAAGACAGAGGGCAGCAGACAAAAAAGGACAGCAGACAGCAAAGACAGCAGGACAGCAACAGAACACAGGACAGAAGGAAAAAGCAGACGCAAAACAGCAAGACACAAGCGCCGACAGCAAAAAACUAGGACAGCAGGGCAGGGACAAAGGGGCACAAGACAGAAAGGACGAAGACCAAAACGGCAAGAAGCAAGGGCACAAGAAGCAAACACAGGACAGCAAGACAAGGGGCAACAGGGCAGAAGGACAGCAAGACGCAAGACAAAGGACACAAAACAGCAGACAGAAGACACGGACAAAGGACGCAAACAGAAAACAGCAAGACACAAAACACAAAACAACAGACAGCAGGAAAUAAGGACAAAAGAAAAACAGCAGACAAGCAGCAAAGGGCAGCAAGAAAAAGCAAGACAAGGAACGCAAGAACAGGAAGGACAGCAGGGAAACAAAAAAGGACAGCAAGACCGCAAGACAGCAGGGCCAGCAAGGGCAGCAAAAAGAAAAGCAAGACAGAAAAAAGGGCAGCAAGACAGAGGACAGCAAAGGGCAGAAAGCGAAAAAGCAGGGAAAGGGGAAAAGGACACAAGACAGCAGGGCGCAAAACAGCAAAACAGCAAGAAGAGCAAACAGCAGGGCACAGGAAGCAAACAGCAACCACAGGACAGAGGAAGCAGGACGCAAGACAGCAACAACAGACGCAAACAGCAAGACCCCAGGAAGAAGGACAGCGACAGCAGGACAGAAGAAGCAAGACACAGGACAGAAGGCAGCAGGGCACAGGGCAGCAGGCAGCAGGGCACAACGCAAGGGCAGAAGACGCGGACAGCGGGCAGCAAGACAGCAAGACAACAGGACAGCAAGACAGCAGGACAGAAGGACAUCAGGACAGCAGGACAGAAGGGCAGCAGGACAUCAGGACAGCAGGACAGAAGGGCAGCAGGACAGCAAGACAGCAGGACAGCAGGACUGCAGGACAGAAGGACAGUAGGACCCCAGCGCUGA